AUGGCAGCUAAUAGUGAAAUGCAAAUACGUCGGUUACCGCGACAACCCGGUCAGCGGUCAACCACAACUCCAAGUUUAUCUUCGUCCGGAUUACAGUCGUCAAAUGAUCAAAUAUUAUAUAGUGAAGCAGCCGUUCGUUAUAAUGAAAAUAGUCUCGAACAAUGCCGCACAUCGAUUAAAAUGAAAACGAAAGGCUCAAAACAAAAAAAUCGUUCAUUUAAUAAAGAUAAGAAUGGCCAAUGCGAUAUUAAUUCACCAAUUGAAUAUAGUCAAAAAACUUCAGUCCGAUUUUCUGUCGAAACUAAUGAUGUUUAUGCUAUCGACUUAACGAUCAACAAUACUAAAAAUGUCAUUGGUGUACUAACAGUUCCAUCAACAAUUCAACUGUAUGAUACUGCUUCCUUAAAAUUAAUAGCAUGUUUAUCGUCAACAUUGUAUAAUUUCAAUGAUGAUUCAUCUAUUAAAAUUAAUUCAAUUCGUUUUACACAAAAUAAUCCAGAUUUAUUACUAGCAUCAACAAAUAGAAAUGCAGUCUUAAUAUUUGAUAAACGAUGUCCACAGCAAGAAGUUUGCCAGUUGAUUGGUUGUUCAGAUGAACAUGAUUUUCUUUCAGUGACAAGUAAUACAAGUGAUUGUCUAAUAGCAGCUGGUUCAAGUUUAAAAAAUGAAGAUAAUGUUGUUAUCGGAUUUUGGGAUACGAGACAAAAAAAUCAACUUUUAGGUUAUUAUACAGAAUGCCAUUCGGAUGAUAUUUUACAAUUACAAUUUCAUCGAUCAAAACAGCAUACCUUAUUAAGUGGGUCAACGGAUGGAUUAGUAUGUUUGUACGACAUCAACGAAACGAAUGAAGAUGAUGCACUUCAACAGGUCUUCAACGCAAAUGGUUCAAUUUACAAAUGUGGCUUUUUAUUAGAGCAAGAAAAUGAAAAUAAUGGUUACAUCUAUGCUGUUACAUCUUCGAAUUCAUUUUCAGUAUGGUCAACAUCGGAUAAUAGUAUUGCUAUUGAAGGUGAUACAAAUGUGAAUGAUGAACUACAGUCUAGUUUGAUACAACUAAAUAUGGAUAAUGUACAGACGUCGGAAAAGAUGAUGGAAGAUGUAACCGAUAUUGCUCAAUUAUCUUCACCAAGUCAGACCAUGUCUUCAGAACUCGACGAGAAAAAGAUUAAAAAAAAAGUCCAUCUUUCUUGCGAUUAUAUUGUUGACUUUGUGCCUGAACUUGACUCUUUGUUUUCAAAUGUUUCUGAAUUUCCAUCAUCUACAUUGUCAUUCUCGCAGCAAAACAAUGGCUCGUCGACAAAAUCGUGCGUGUUACUCGGUUCUGACAAUGUUGGUAACAUCGUUUUGAACUAUUUUGACCUGUGUUCUCCGUCCGACGAGACGCAAUCUUCAGUUUUUUCUCAGUUGACUCUUCCAGUCGUCUCACCGCAUUCUGAAAUAAUUCGAUCAUUUAUUAGUGAUCGAAAUUCCAGUUGGUAUUCAUGUUCAGAUGAUGGAUCAUUAGUGUCUUGGAAAGCACAGUCAAAAAUAAAACUGACUGACCAACAAACAAUUAAACCAAAGCAUUCAAAUGAUAAUCGACGUCCAUAUUAA